AUGCGAUUCUAUGAAGUCACUUUCGUAAUUGAUUAUCACGAAAGAAUCCAUUCCAGUGACACUGCAGAGUUUCACAAAGUGUUCGAGCUCACGAAGACAGAAAUCCUCAAAAGCGAAUGCCUUCAAAACGUAACUGCGGCUCCGAAACACCAUUCACUGCGUGUAUUUUCGCUAAACGCCAUGGUUCAGCAAGGAGUGAAAAGCGAGCAUAACUGGAGUGAAGCACGACUAGCACAUCGUGACCUUGGCAUGAACUAUGUUGAUAUCUUCGUAGAGGUGUACCCUAUCCGCAGAAGCACUGACACGCAAACGGUGAAAUUUAUAGCUCAAAUGCGGUUUCGGAACAGCACAAAGCUAGGAUUCGAGCCGUUGGGGACUCCAUUCAUCUACAAGAUGGAGCAGAAAUGUCACACACAUAGAGUAGACGAAUACUGCGAAAUGUGUCACUACAAUCAAAAGAUAACCCCGUGA